UCUUGCUUUUAAAAGUACGGAGACCUACGUUUCUGGUGCAAGAAACCUGAAUGUAUAAAAUGAACAAGAAAUAUCUAUGUGCGAGCACACAGACUGCCAUUAGUUGAUGGAGCAGGAUAUCCUAGAGCUUCUGACAUAAACUGAGAUUCCAAAACAUGGAAUUUAUUUGGGAUUUUUCUGCUGUUUCUUCUAAGAAAAAUAAAAUGGCCUCUUCACCAAAUGACCCCCGACCUCCCGCAACUCCUACUUCUCAGAGAGGACAGUGCAGUGUGUUAAGGAUAUGGGCUUGUGUUGCUGCCCUCCUGCUGUGGAUCAGCUCAGCUGGAUGCCAUGAAAAGGCCAAUAUGUCGAACCAUAUUGAAAUCACAGCUGCAGACUUCCAGGAAAGACUGCUGUCCGGGAAGAUGAUGUUCCUCUAUUUUCAGCAACAAGUCUCUCCCACUAUCUCUCUCUUCCUGAUGGAGUUAGAGAAAUCAGUCGAAGCUCUGCAGGAUUACGGCGUGCUAGUCGGCAAGGUUACAUGUAAAAACCAGCCGGUUCGAGCAUACUGUACAGAUGCAAAGCAACAACACAGAGCUUUUCUGUUCAGAGGCGGCAAAGAGUUCUUGAGUUUCAGCUUGGACACCGUCUUCGAUGUCAACUCCAUAGUGGCUGAAGUCCUGUUUGCCGUUCUACGUGACGAGGUGAAGUACGUCCACACGGACGCCGACCUGCUGGCCUUGGAGAAGACUGCCAAAGGAAAAAAGGACAUUGUUCUCGGUUACGUUCGCAGUCUUGGAACUCAAGAACACAGAUCGCUGAUGGAGAUGGCGUACGUUUACGGAUCCAAAUAUCAGUUCAUCCUCAUAACUGGAGGUCCGGUACUAAAGCAGUUAGGAGUUAAUGAAUCGUCCCAGCUCUCUAGGGUGUGGUUCGUCCACUGUAGAGUUCAUGGUACUGUCAUGACCCCUGUGACCUCUGAACGCUGCCCAUUGACACACAUGAGGACGCCCCUGUCCACCCUGAGCAUGCACACGUUCCUGCAGCUUAUGGAGGCCCCACUUGUGUCCGAAGUGUUCAUCGAUCCCUCGUCAGUCCCACUUCCGCAGUUCCCCUACCAGCUGACGCCUCAGGUCUUCCUGUUUUCUCACCCUGCGACCGAACACCUGGACCUGGACACGGCCAGCGCUCUGGCCUGGAGGCUGCGAGGCCUCGCCCUGCUGCUGCUGGUGCACAGGCAGAGCCCAGCAGUUAAAACCCCUAAUAAGUACAACGCUGCCUACCGGCUGCCUGAGAAGAGUUCUGAGGUGAAAUAUUUGACCUUACACAACUUGGACGACGUGUUGGAGCUCUUUACGAAGCAGGAGGAGGAUGAGGAGGAGGAGGAAGAAGAGGAAGAGGAAGACUCAUAUUCAGGAGAGCUGGAUGAUGAAGUCGCAGCGGAAGUGUACAGAAACCGAGGUCACUUCCUGGACCUGGACUCGGUCACACAACUAACUUCUGACAACUUCCACUCUGAAGUUGCACAAAGCAGCCUCACGGUGGUGCUGUUCUACCUCAGAUGGGACGCUGUUUCAAUGGCUUUUCUCGGAUCUUUCAUUGAAGUUGCAGAGAAACUUGAAGAUUCCAGGGUUGACGUCAUCCAGAUGUGUGUCGUCGACUGUGGCGAGUGGACCGACCUCUGCGCCGCUCAGCCUGGCACCGCCGUCCCGUUUCAGCCAAUCACGGAGUUCCCCAGCGUUCUGCUGAUCCAACCUCAGCAGGCGGCCCAGCGCUACACUGGUGUGCUGACCGGGGAGGCGCUGCAUCGCUUCAUCAUGAUGAGCCGCAUGCCCUCUCCUCUGCUGCUCUCUACCAAUGAGGAAGUGACAUCUUUCCUUCAGGAAGUUCCUGACCUGGCUAGUUUCAGGCCUCAUAAGGUCCUGGGUUUGUUUAGGACAGAGAGCCAGACAGAUUUGUCCGUGUUCACUGAAGCAGCAAAGUUAUUAAGUGGAGAAGUUCUGACUGGGCUGCUGAGAGACGGACUGGUGGAGAAAUGGGCUGUGGAGCAUGAUGUGGAGCCUCCUGCGGUGUUGUUGUUUCCUUCUUGGGGGAAACUGAACCGCCCUUCAGUGCUGCCUGUGACCUCGUCAUCUAAAGAUCUGCUCACCCACAUUCACACGACUCUGCUCCAACCAGUGCCUGAGCUGACCGUGGAAAACCUGCCGUCGUUUCUGUCGCUGGGUAAAGCGCUCCUCCUCCUCUUCGUGGGAGAGGAAGAGGACGAGAUCGGGCAGAGGCAGAACCAGGCGCUGGUGGACCAUAUGAGAGGCGUGUCGGAGCAGGGAGGCGCGAGGAUGGAGAGAUACCUGCCCUGCUGGAUCCACCUCGGUCACACUCCAGCUGGUCUGUCUGUUCUGGGUUCAUACCUUGGUUCUCUGCCGCCGCUUCCUGCGUUGGUGCUCACGCAUUUACCCAGUGGAGACGAAGUCUACCAGUAUCCUCCCAACACUCCCAUACUGGCAGGUUCUGUGCUGCUGUGGCUGCGGAGCGUGGAGGAUGGGACGGAGUCACCAGCAGGAACGCUGGGUGGGGACAGCUGGCGUCCUGCUUUUGAGUUCUACGACUUCCUGAAAGUCAUGGACAUGCAGGAAGUUGACCCCCGUCCUCCAGAAGAGGAGGAAGUGAAUGUUGAGGAACAUUUGGUCACUAAAACGAUGUCAUACGAUCAUCUAGAUAUGAAUUCAAAAUUUCACUCUGAACUCUAAGGAAUAAAAGUGAAACCCAAAAUCUUACAGUA